GCCUAUCUCCUCAGGAUCACCUUGCGCUGACCUAGUUACACCGAGAAGGAAGGAACCCCAGUAGACCAGGGAGGACGGCGGGGCGGGAUGUGGGCGGGGCCGCGGGCGGGGCGGGGCUUAGAGUGGGAUCUUUAUGGGGCUCGCCUGUGAUUUGCAGAUGGAUUCGAGACGGAAGCGGGCUGGGAGGCGUCGGCGGCGGCAGCGCACGUGGUGACGUGCGAGGGGGUGCGGCGCGAGCGGUCGGCGGCGGCGGAGGCAGUGUCUCCCGGUCGCGCGUGGAGGUCGGUCGCUCGGAGCUGCUAGGCGCAGUUUCUCCGCCUGCUGCUUCGGCGCGGCUGUGUCGGCGAGCGAGCGAGUUCCUGCGAGUUCUCGGUGGCGCUCCCCCUUCCUUUCAGUCUCCACGGUCUGGCCCCUCGUCCUUCUACUUGACCGCUCCCGUCUUCCCCCGCCUUCUGGCGCUUUCCGUUGGGCCGAUUCCCGCCCGCUUCCUCCUGCUUCCCAUCGAAGCUCUAGAGAUGAAUGUUUCCAUCUCUUCAGAGAUGAACCAGAUUAUGAUGCAUCAUUAUCACAGAAGAAAUUCGUGUCUAUAGCUUUUAAGGACUUGAUUACAUCAUUUUCAAGCCUGAUAGUUUUGGAAUCACCAUUAGAGCUUAAGACACACCUGCCUUCAUUUCAGCCACCUGUCUUCAUACCCUGACGAAGUGCACCUUUUAACACUCCUUUGUCCUUGGAUUACUUAAGAGUUCCCAGAAAUACAUUUGCCACCAACAGAGUAGCCAAAUUUAUAAGGAAAAAUGAUUCCCAAUGGAUAUUUGAUGUUUGAGGAUGAAAAUUUUAUUGAGUCUUCUGUUGCCAAAUUAAAUGCCCUGAGGAAAAGUGGCCAGUUCUGUGAUGUUCGACUUCAGGUCUGUGGCCAUGAAAUGUUAGCACACAGAGCAGUGCUAGCUUGCUGCAGUCCCUAUUUAUUUGAAAUCUUUAAUAGUGAUAGUGAUCCUCAUGGAAUUUCUCACGUUAAAUUUGAUGAUCUCAAUCCAGAAGCUGUUGAAGUCUUGUUGAAUUAUGCCUACACUGCUCAGUUGAAAGCAGAUAAGGAAUUGGUAAAAGAUGUUUAUUCUGCAGCAAAAAAGCUGAAGAUGGAUCGAGUAAAGCAGGUUUGUGGUGAUUAUUUACUGUCUAGAAUGGAUGUUACCAGCUGCAUCUCUUACCGAAAUUUUGCAAGUUGUAUGGGAGACUCCCGUUUGUUGAAUAAGGUUGAUGCUUAUAUUCAGGAGCAUUUGUUACAAAUUUCUGAAGAGGAGGAGUUUCUUAAGCUUCCAAGGCUAAAGUUGGAGGUAAUGCUUGAAGAUAAUGUUUGCUUGCCCAGCAAUGGCAAAUUAUAUACAAAGGUAAUCAACUGGGUGCAGCGUAGCAUCUGGGAGAAUGGAGACAGUCUGGAAGAGCUGAUGGAAGAGGUUCAAACCUUGUACUACUCAGCUGAUCACAAGCUGCUUGAUGGGAACCUACUAGAUGGACAGGCUGAGGUGUUUGGCAGUGAUGAUGACCACAUUCAGUUUGUGCAGAAAAAGCCACCACGUGAGAAUGGCCAUAAGCAGAUAAGUAGCAGUUCAACUGGAUGUCUCUCUUCUCCAAAUGCUACAGUACAAAGCCCUAAGCAUGAGUGGAAAAUCGUUGCUUCAGAAAAGACUUCAAAUAACACUUACUUGUGCCUGGCUGUGCUGGAUGGUAUAUUCUGUGUCAUUUUUCUUCAUGGGAGAAACAGCCCACAGAGCUCACCAACAAGUACUCCAAAACUAAGUAAGAGUUUAAGCUUUGAGAUGCAACAAGAUGAGCUAAUCGAAAAGCCCAUGUCUCCUAUGCAGUACGCACGAUCUGGUCUGGGAACAGCAGAGAUGAAUGGCAAACUCAUAGCUGCAGGUGGCUAUAACAGAGAGGAAUGUCUUCGAACAGUCGAAUGCUAUAAUCCACAUACAGAUCACUGGUCCUUUCUUGCUCCCAUGAGAACACCAAGAGCCCGAUUUCAAAUGGCUGUACUCAUGGGCCAGCUCUAUGUGGUAGGUGGAUCGAAUGGCCACUCAGAUGACCUGAGUUGUGGAGAGAUGUAUGAUUCAAACAUAGAUGACUGGAUUCCUGUUCCAGAAUUGAGAACUAACCGUUGUAAUGCAGGAGUGUGUGCUCUGAAUGGAAAGUUAUACAUCGUUGGUGGCUCUGAUCCAUAUGGUCAAAAAGGACUGAAAAAUUGUGAUGUAUUUGAUCCUGUAACAAAGUUGUGGACAAGCUGUGCUCCUCUUAACAUUCGGAGACACCAGUCUGCAGUCUGUGAGCUUGGUGGUUAUUUGUACAUAAUCGGAGGUGCAGAAUCUUGGAAUUGUCUGAACACAGUAGAACGAUACAAUCCUGAAAAUAAUACCUGGACUUUAAUUGCACCCAUGAAUGUGGCUAGGCGAGGAGCUGGAGUGGCUGUUCUUAAUGGAAAACUGUUUGUAUGUGGUGGCUUUGAUGGUUCUCAUGCCAUCAGUUGUGUGGAAAUGUAUGAUCCAACUAGAAAUGAAUGGAAGAUGAUGGGAAAUAUGACUUCACCAAGGAGCAAUGCUGGGAUUGCAACUGUAGGGAACACCAUUUAUGCAGUGGGAGGAUUCGAUGGCAAUGAAUUUCUGAAUACGGUGGAAGUCUAUAACCUUGAGUCAAAUGAAUGGAGCCCCUAUACAAAGAUUUUCCAGUUUUAACAAAUUUAAGACCCUCUCAAACUAACAGGCUUAGUGAUGUAAUUAUGGUUAGUAGAGGUACACUUGUGAAUAAAGAGGGUGGGUGGGUAUAGAUGUUGCUAACAGCAACACAAAGCUUUUGCAUAUUGCAUAUUAUUAAACAUGCUGUACAUACUUUUUGUGUUUAUUUGGAAAGGAAUGCAAAGAUGAAGGUCUGUUUUGUGUACUUUUAAGACUUUGGUUAUUUUACUUUUUGGAAAAGAAUAAACCAAGAAUUGAUUGGGCACAUCA